CAUCCCCGAUCCCUUCCUUCCGCACGCCGCUCUCAAGCUCCUGCCCUACCCGACCUCCAAUCCCACCCAAUGCGGCUCUAAAAAUAUCUCACUCGCUCCGCCACCGCCGACCCCCAGACCUACCGCCGCGCCGUAGCUCGGCGCCGCCGCCGACGGCUCUCGCGCUCCCCGCCGCCGCGGCCGCCGUCGCCGUCCCCGUUCUACCCCGUCGCGUCCCUGCUGUUCCCACCCCGUCCGCGGCCUUGGGCGGUAGCUUUCGAGGAAAAGAGGCGGGGUCGCAUGGGGAGGUAGGCGUCGGUCGAUACUGGAGUGAUUUUGGCUGCCGGAAAUGGUGCUGGUGGUGAAGCAGCACCGCUGCACGCACUCGGCUUCCUGCUCCUGCACCAAGGGCCACCUCAGCGAGGACGCGCUGUUCCUUGUCUUCCGCCACAUGAACUGGAACCCCAGGCUGAUCGCCAACCUCUCCUGCGUCUGCAAGUGGUUCGACGAGGUCGCCAAGCAGGUGCUGUGGAAGGAGUUCUGCCAUGCCAGGGCGCCCAAGAUGAUGCUAGAUCUGCAUUCCGACGGCAGCCACAUUGUCGACGGCAACUGGAAGGCGCUCGGAAAGCUGCUGAUCUACUGCAAUGGCUGCACAAAGGGGGGCUUGUUCGGAAACAUCCAUGUCCCCGGCCACUUUGUGUUCAGGACGCGCUUUUCAAGGACCGCAGGCAAGAGCUUCCUGCCUCUGCAGUGUAGGAUGGAUGUCUUGUAUGUGUCCGAUCCGUGCGAACAUCUCGACCAGGGGGAAGAAGGCGACCUGGGUUUUUUCCGUGGCAUCUUCAAGUCGUUUGCCACUUCAAGGGUCAAGAAGAUCCUGAUUGAGAAGCAGGCUAGGUUCCAUCCAACGGAGGUUUGCCCCUAUUGCAAGGCUAAGCUAUGGAACAUGCUGCAUGCUGAUAUGAUGCCGGCUAGUGCUUCCGCCAGGCUGGGUGCUUACGAUGAUUCCGUGGAGUACUUUGUAUGCCUGAAUGGACAUGUCAUUGGAUUGGGAACCCUGUUACCUCUCUCGGAUUCUGAGGAGGCACCGGAGGAGUAAUCAUCAGGAACAUUGAUCAGGUUUGCGAGAUGGAGUCCUGGGGCUUGUGGCAUAUUGCUUCUGAAUCUUGGUUGUGUCUAACAGCGAGAAGGCAGGCAUGGGCGCGGCAAAACUGCAAGGCAACAAGAACGUGCAGCUAGCUUUGCAUCUAACCGCUGUGUUGUCCGUACUGGUGCAUCAGAUGAAAAUGCUGUUUCUCUGUGGUCUCUUCUCUGUUUGUUGAUCGAUUCUCUGUUGUUCUCGUCAUUGUAAUGACCAUGCCGACCUUUCGUCUUGUCCUACAUGUGCACAGCAUAUGUAGCAAGGCGUGAUGAGACCGAGUUGUAAAAUUGGUGCCCAUAUUGGACCUCAUAUAUUCAUGUGCUGUUCCUAACUGUAUUGUUUUGUUUC